GGUGAAGCGAAGACAAAGGCACUCAUUUUCGGAUCGCUCUUUGUUUUGUAGCAAAUCCUUUGGCCCUUCGCUCUUCUCUGCUCCUCUCUCUCUCUCUCCCCUUCACAUUCUCGACAUGGCGUAAAACCAUGGACGGUCCAAAGCUCGAAGCGGUAGCCAUCAUCAUUUCCUCAGGUCAGUCCAAACCCUUAGCAGCUAUAUAUUCACUGCUACAAACCAAAUCCCACCUCCCCUUCCACCAUCCCCCUCCUUCUCGCUUCUUUUGGACGCCAUAUUUCUCACUAUUCCAUCCUAAAAUCUGAAGCCAUGGUAGAUGGGCAAAAGCUAGAUCAGAUUUUUGAGUCACAGACAAAGCAUUUCGAGCGCAAAAGCUUGGAUUUUGAUACUAGUUCUUCCUGAUUCAGCUUCGUAUAUCUGCUCUGGUUUAGUUCAUGGAAGGGGAGGCGAAGCCGGAACGCUAUUCCCCUGCCUUCCUCUCCAUCGAGGCGACCAAAUCUAAUCAGGAGGACGGCGAUUGCAAAGGCGGAGGAGCAUCGAUCUCCUUGGACGCCAUUCUGCCCGAUGAUUUACUGGAGAAAGUCCUCUCCUUGUUGCCGAUCGUGAGCAUAAUCCGGUCGAGCUCCGUCUGCAAGCGGUGGCGUGAGGCGGUGCGCUCCGGACGGUGCUCCACGUCGCCGCAGAAGCCCUGGUACUUCAUGUGCACCGGAAGCGACCACCGCGCCGCCGGAUACGCCUACGACCCAAGCCUCCGCAAGUGGUACUGCUUCGACUUCCCCUGCGCCGAGCGGAGCAACUGGUCCAGCUCCUCCUCACGCGGCUUGGUCUGCUUGAUGGACCGCGAGAGCCAAAGCAAGAUCUUUAUUUGCAAUCCGGUCGCCAAGGACCGGAAGCAUCUGCCGGACGCCCCUGGCGGGGAGUCCCCCGACUACAGCGCACUUGCCGUGGCCGUCGACCGGUGGUCGCACGGCUACAUGGUGGCGGUGGCUAAGUGCAAGCAGGUGCCCCAGGAUUUCUACCAGUGGGACUUCUCGAUCCACAUUUACGAGUCUGAGACUGAAACGUGGGUGACCACCCUCAGGGAAGUGAUCGCAGGGUGGAGAGCAGGGGAUGAGUGUGUGAUCUGUAAUGGAAUUCUGUACUUUCUAAUAUACUCUACAGGUGUUCGAGGAAAUGACGAGCCCAAGCAUUGCCUUGUCAUCUACGACCUUUUGGUGCGGUCUUCGCCCGCUUCGAUCAUGCGAAUGGCCGUGCCGGUUCCUUUUUCCCUCACCUGUGGAAGGUUAAUGAAUCUCCAGGAUAGGCUGGUCAUGGUUGGUGGCAUAGGGAAGCAUGGCAGGCCGGGCAUCAUCAAGGGGAUAGGCAUCUGGGAACUUCACCAGAAGGAAUGGCGCGAAAUUGCAAGAAUGCCCCACAAGUUCUUCCAGGGGUUCGGGGAAUUCGAUGACGUCUUCACUAGUAGCGGCGCCGAUGACCUUAUUUACAUACAAAGCUUCGGAUCGCCGGCGUUGCUAAUCUUCGACGUGAGCUUGAAGAUGUGGAAAUGAUGAUGGCAGAUAACAGGAGCCCAGGUACUCUGCAUAGUAUCUACUGCUUAGUUGAUAAAGAUGGAUAACUUGGACAAUAUGUGAGCACCUAGGCUUGUCGUUUGGGAAGCAUACUUUCAAUUUAAUAAAUAAAGUUGGCAGUAGUUCUUUUCAGGUUUCUGCUUCAUGCCUAGAAAGAUUGCAAGCCUCGUCUGUACUUGAGAUCUCUCGUGUUGCUUCAGGGCUAAAAAGAAGAACUAAAUACCGAUUUCUUGAAAGGAUCACUGGGAAGGUUUUAGCUUGUGGUUUUGAGAAGAUUCCCGAAAAGAAGAAAGUCUAUAUAGGAAAGAUAGUGCCGGAUCUAGUCCAAGCUGCACACAAGAGGAUUUGGUUGAACUAUUAGUGUGCUAUCUAUUUGGUCUCAAAUGGAAGGUUGUCAUGACUCUCAGCCUCAAGUAGAGCAGAAGUUGGCUAUAUGAUCAAGGUUUCUUAUUCAGAUAGUUUAGUAGGGACAAACUUGAUACCUACAAUAGGCGUAUGGUAUCUCUAAUGUAAUAGUCAAAGGUCGAUUUUCAGGAACUAACGAUCUGAGGUUUAUUCCAUUAUACGUUUGACAUCUGUGUAUUUACAUGUACCUCCUAUAUUCGUGGGGUCCAUCUACAUUUAAUAGGGACAAACUUGAUUGAAUUUAGAUUUUU